CUACCAAGAAUAACAUAGAACAUAAUAGAAUGCGUAAUCAAACAUUCGCAAUAUACAAGAUUUAUUCAAUCUGAAUACAUUAUUUUUUUUUUUUUUUUUUUGAUAAUCACUUUCGUACACUCUCCUGAAAAUAUCUUUUCCCCACUCACCUAAUUUUUCCUUCUCCAGAGAAGAAAAGAAGGGAACUUCUAGUCAUUACUAAGAUCUGAUUACAUACUGGAUACCACUUUCGAACGCAGUUUGGUAAGUAAGUCAUUAUUAUAUUUUGAAUUCUUGACUGGAAUUCACAAUUACAACUCAAAUUACAACUCAGUUUUCACUUUUAUACUUGGAUAUAGCUAUUCUAUAUUGAUUCCUCUGACGGUCGUUCAUCAAUGAUAAGGUACUUCGUUUUUACUCAUAAUAGUGUACCCAAGUUUGGAUCAGAAUAUAUGAACUAAGCCCUUUUUUACGUCAUCAGAUUCUUAAGGUUUUUACGUCAGACCAGCUUUCCAAUUGUAAUCGACGGACUCGGUUUGCAACUAAGCGAUUGGCGCGUAAACUUAAAUUCUUUUACGUGGCCUCCAAUUAUGUACUUCCCUUCAUACAAACGCACGCUUGUUGGGUACCGAGGUUUAGUAUAGUGUUGCCUUUCUCUUCCUCUGACGUUUGUCUUCCGGUUCUUCUUCAUCCUUUGUUUACUUUUGUUUUCUCCCAUACCCGUUCUUCCGUUUGUUUUGGCGUCUCCACAGUUUUGGGCCUUUUUUUUUUCAUCGAUUUCUGCUUUCUUUUUCGAUUCGUUUAUUCUUUACUUCCUUGUCAUUCAUUUUCUUCUACGACGUUCCCUGAUUUCUUACUUUCUAAUUGCACCUUACAUUGGUUUCUAUGUUCCCGUAUACGAUGUUAACUUAACGGUUCACUGUUUUUUUCAAAUGGACCUUUACUCCUUUAAAUUCGUUUAUCUUACAACCCUGUCCUUCUUUUCCUUUGAUUUUUAUCUUGAUGCGCCGAAUUCUUUUUAUAGCGAAUUGAUUCAAUUCGUAUUUUUUAGAAUACGGAAACAACCCUUCUAAUUUCGCUAGUUUGCUGUAUUCCUUUAAGGUGCUUGACCAUCGCAGUUUAGUGCAUUUUUAUCAGCUGUGAUAUUUGUAUUCACCGAGGAAAUUAUUUAGUGUUCCAUUGCUUCCUCUGACAACGAAUGCGUUAUUUAUUUUUUCGCAAUUUUACGAGAAUUGAUAUUCAAGCGAUUAGUGCUUUUCACUUUAUUUUUCGGCUCCUUAGAAAAUGUGGAUUCAAUUUGUACCACAACAAAACCUUAGAUUGUUCAAUUUCUUUCUUUUUAAUUCGAUCCUUCUAGUCUGAAGAACGAACACGUGAAUCGCCGCAUAUACUUUCAUCAUCUAGAUUUUUUUUUCUAGCCUUCUUUUCUCAUCUUCCCUUUUCUCCCAGCUCCUCUUUUCCUGUGUUUUUUAGGUUUGUUUCUCGUUAGUUUGUGCAUUUAUUUUGGUUCAUCAUUUUGUUUUACUCAAAAUCUUGUUGCAUCCUUUGUUUUUUCGUCUCAGUUGCCUUUUUUCGUUAUUUAUAAGUUGCCAUCAUCACAUCGAUUUUCCUCUUUCGCCUACUUACUUCGUUUAUUACUUUUAUUUUUCGUUUUGCUUUCGUUCUGUAUAAAUAGUUUUUAUUUUUCAUUUCCACAAUUUCCUGACUCUUCCUUUGGUUUGGUCUAAUUUCUUAUAGAGACUAUUCGUUUUCAUCCUUUCUCCUUGUUUUAUCAUUUCUUCUAAUUUAUUUAUUGUUAUUAUUCCCUUUUUCAUUCCGUUCAUUGCAUUGCUUUCCUUCCUCUGUGUCGAAUUUUAUAUCUGGUUCUCCAUUCAUUCGCCGUUAAUAGAUAUUGAUUGUUGUUUUUAUUCCGCUUCCUUUUCACUUUUUGCUUUUUCUUGGAUUUAAUGAUUUGACUAAUUCAUGGAUCUUAAUACCAUUUCUUAUCUUCCUGUUCCUCCUGCUAAAUUUCCUUCCAACUCAUCGACUUCCCCUAUUCCUCCCCAACAUGCUCCUUCCUUUUCUGCUCCAUCCCAUCCUUCCUUCUUUCGGCAUGCGCCUGGGGUCCCUUCCUUAGGUCCUAAUGAUUACCCUUAUCCAUAUCUCUUCGACCCUUUCGCUUCCCAGUCCUCUUCUUCUCCAUCCGUCCCACGCCCGGUGAACGUCCCUGUAUCCAACAGUAACCCUCAAGAUUUCCAGGUUUCUGUACGUCCUAGUUCUGUCCGCGUUUCUUCUUCGGCUUCGGACGAGAAGAGGAGAAAAAAGGUUUCUCGUGCUUGUGACCUCUGUCGCAAAAAAAAGAUUCGCUGUGACAUGGUGGAAGGAUCCACAGGUGCUUGCAUCAAUUGCUCAAAGCACAAUUUACAAUGCAUCUAUACAAGAACACAAUUAAAGCGUGGCCCGGUCAAAGGUCUAAUACGCAACCCUGAAGAUAAAACCAAACGUCUACGUUCCAAUAGCACCACGGCGGCUGCUUCUCCGCUUGAUACAGAUGCCGCUGCUUCUCCUUCUUCUACUCUCCCUGAUACCUUACCUUUCGAUGUUAAAUCAAAUUCUUCCUCCCCUGAUGAUUCCAAUCCUAGUAAAGUUCUUCCUAUGGAUACUGCAAUACCUGCUGUAUCGCCUGUCGCGAAAGAACCUAUUCUGUCAAAGCACCCAAAGCCUACUGCUACAUGGCAUCCUCAACAAUCAAGCCAUCCUCCUCCAUCGCCCUUUCAUUCUCAACAGUCUCAGCCAGUUCCUUCAACGAUUCCUCCUUUUCAACAAUCGUAUCCUUACCUAUCCGCUCCCUCGAGCCAAUCCGUUGCCGGCUUCCACCAUCCUAAAUCUUUUUCUUCCACGUCUGGUACGCAGCCCUCCAUUUAUACUGCUCCAAGUGUACAACCGUUCGUACCUAGCAGCCUACCUUUUCAGUCAAACAUGAACACGGCUUAUUUGCCAGAUUCCAAUUUACGUGCUAACCCUACUCAUACCCCCCAUCCUGGUCUUGCUGAAUCGCCUUAUAAGCCGAUGCAGCCUCCGCCUAUAGCAUAUCCUCCUGCACUCACAAAUGGUCUGUCAUCAGAUCCUAGAUCUCUGCCGUUGCCUUCUAUUGCUUCAUUUGAUAAUUCUCGUCUUAAUACGGUUUCUCAAUACGGUGGAUUACCAAACUCGUCCUACCAACCUCCCAUUCCCAUGCAACCUGUUCCUGUUAAUUCUCCUGGAAAUUUACCAAAUUUUGGGCGUGCUUUUCAAAAAAACCAAUUACCAGAAAGCGCACCCUCAUCAAUUCGGCAAGAAGCCCGAUCUUCUACAUUAAAUGCUGGUCCCAAUGUACAGCAGUCGAGAACUGCCGAAAACGCACAGUACGAUGACAUACAUGAAAUAUCGAGAGUCUUUCAGGAAGACAUAGAAUGGGAUGACGAAGCUGUUGACAGAUAUUAUCUACUUAUACAUUCUACCUUGCCAAUCUUGCAUCACUCAAAAACUCGUUUAAAAUUAGAACUAGAAAAAGCUCCAAAGUUUUUACGAUCAUGUUGUUUACAUGCGAUUUAUUCCUUAGUAAAUCGCCCGCCGUUUUCAUCUCUCGGAAGUAUCUUUCAUAAAAAUCCUAUGAAGGCAAUUGGUUUACUUAACUUGAUAUGUACAAAUGUGCAGGAUAUCUCUAAUAGAAUCUUACAUUUGCAGACCAUGAUUUUAUUGGCGGUCGAAAGUGAUCAACGAGGACCUACGACAAUUACUGGACGAAAUGGGCUACCUCAGAGUAUGUGGCAUGGCGCUGCCGUUGGUUUGGCUUGUAAUAUGCGUUUGCAUAUACAAUCCCAUAUAUCCUUACAGUCAACAAAUCAAGAUAUGGAUGGCAAUGAAGCAUUAUGUCGUAGGGCCUGGUGGGUUCUGGUCAUCCUAGACAGAUGGCACUCUGUGUCCACAUGUUCUCCUUUGUUCAUUCCUGACAGUUGCAUAAAGCUUUCGAUCCAAGAUCAAAAGGUCCUUGGAAGUUUUCCAAGCCAGUUAGUUCGUUUGUCAUUAAUCGUUGGUCACAUUUCGGAUGUCUUUCAAUCUCCUGAUCCUAGUGAUCGGGAAAAUCCAAUCGUGACUCAACAGUUAAGGUCAGAAAUUGACGCAUUCCGUGAAAGCGUUGAUGUUGUUUGGGGUCGAAUGAAUUUACUGACCUUGGCUGUCACACAUGUUAAGGUGCUUUUGGAAUUAUCUACAAAUGCUCGACCUUCCGCUGUUUUAACUCCCGCUAUGAAAAUGGCUAACAUUCUUUCGUCUUCUUCCACUCCAUUGACACCCCUUAAUCAUCACUUUUUCAGUUUGGCUGCCUGUGUUUUAAUUGGUGUCUAUGAUAUCCCAGAGCUACAAGACGAAGCUAGACAGGGACUGGAAUACAUUCGAGAAUGUAUAGAAAAGCGGCGGGACAUUGUCAGUAGAAAGGAUCAUGAAGAUUGGGAUUACGUCGUCUUAAAAUUGAUAAAUGCUAAAAUGCAAGGUAUGCAUAUUGCUUCGGAUCCUCCUGCUCCCCCUCACGUUCCUUCAUCUUCAAUUCCUUCAUACAAUAGUCAAGAGGUUGAUUCUGUAACAUUUAAAGAUGCAUAUUUGUACACAAGAUUAUGCAAUUUGGGUUACUUAGGAUUUUUAAUAUAAGCCUUGAUGAAUGCCGCUUUUCAGCAAACGGUAUCUAACAUAAACUUAAAAGUCAGGAAUUCAUAAACGAUUGAUAUUGGGUCUAUUAAUAGUCUGUAAAACUUUUCUAUAACUCAUGUAUUUUGAGUCUGUAAGUUGGGAAAUCUAAUAUAGAUAAAUUUGCAUUUUUACGUCUGUUUUUAUCUACCUUCAUUUUUCUUUUCUUUGUUGAGCACAUGAUUAGUCGUAUGCACGCAUUCCUAACUGGGAGAAAGGUGUUUAUUCAAAGCGGCAUAUUUAUUAUAUUGAGAAGUCUCAGGCCUAUCAGCAGUCCUUCUUAAUACAACUAUCGUUUGAACAUGUUGCGAUGUUUCACAAUCUUCCAAGCAAGGCUGCCUCCUACCGAAAGUAAUAAGGCACCAAAGGCUGUUAAAGCAACCACCAGUUGGUAAUUAAUUUUAUUGGAGUUUUCAUCGGGGACCUGAAUCACUGAAGAAGCAGGGAACUGAGCUGAUUCGGCAAUCUAUAAUUAUGUUAGCAUGUCACAAAACUUUUCAAAGUACCUACCUGAAUGAAGAAAUCUUUAGAAGUAUUCCAGAUAGCAGAAGUACUAAUAUGAGUUGGAGAUGGAAGGCCUAGCUGUGUCGUAAAUUCGUCUGGCUGAACCGGAUAUCUCUAAUUUCAAGAUUAGCAACAAUAAAACAAAUAAUUUGAAAAUUUAACUAACUUGUUGUUGACGAUCUAAAUCGGCUUUCGUUGCGGCAAAUACGCAAGGGAUUUUUUGAAGCGCAGGAUAACGACUCUAAAAAAACACGAAGUUAAUAUAUAUUACUCCUGUUUUUUUAUCCUUACCAAAAGAUUGGCAAUAAAAGAAAAACUAUUCGGGUUAGAGGAAUCGUACAGCAAGCACAACACAUCACAGGCAUCUAAUGAUUUUGGUUCGGCAAGUAUGUCAAGGUCUUGCUCGCCUAUUUCAGAGAGCUAGUUGGUUAGCUAGCAGGGUUUCACAAUAACUAACACUUUCAUACCACCAAGUAUCUUUGCUUGCUUUGAAAUUCAACACUGUUGACAACUGUGUUGGGAAUUAAAUCAUCGGGCAACCGAUGCGGAAUUUUGUUAAUGAAACUAGAUAAUAAUGAAGUCUUUCUGUUAGCUGAAUAUAAAAAUUCAAG